GUUGUUUGUUUGAGAAGAAGCUCUGCUCCAGAGAUCAGCUGUGCAAUGAUGACGGUUUGUUCGGCCAGUGCCUCGCUCCGCACCAGGAGCCGGUCCAGUACCAGGUGUCUGUGUCCGUCCUGCACAAGCUGCAGGAAGUCAUCAAAGACCUGAUGGUGCAAGGUCUGACCUGGAGGGAUGACAUCACCCAGGCCAUCAUCAGCCGAGAGCUGAGCCGCCUCCCCUCCGUCAGCUCCUCCUCAAAACUACUCGAGAAGUCGCCCAAACAGUCGUCCAGGCUGUCGGCCGUCAGUCAGCGGAGGGUUCAGGGACCCGAUGACGCCGCUGACCCCGAGGUGUUGCAGCAGUACGUGGACUACAUGAUCCUCGACCCGUCGCGAUCCUCCGUGCACGUGCAGACGCCCCUGCUGGACCCGUACAGCUACCACCAGCAGCAGUACGGAUAUCAGGAGGAAGCCGAGCGUUCCCUCAACUCUCUGGACGAUAAUCCGGCGUUCCCGUUCCUCGCCUCCUCUCCUCGCUCCGGUUCCCGUGGAAACGCUCUGGAUCGAGACCGGCAGCUUCUCCAAGACUUGGUGUCCUUUUACCUCUCCGCUCCUUCCUCCUCUUCAUCCUCCUCCUCCUCUUCUUCUUCUUCCUCCUCCUCUUCCACCUCUCCUGUGCAGACUUUCACCCGCCACAGAGGAGCAUCACCACCCUCCUCCUCUUCAUCGUCCUCCUCUUCUUCCUCUUUCUUCCCGGAGCUGGACUUCCCGCUGGACUACGGCGAGGACUACGUUUCCCAGGUUGCACAGCUCAGCAAGCAGCAGGCGGAGAAGAAGACGCAGGCGGAGUAUGACGCACUGGCAGGACUGGACGAGCGCUCCCUGCAGCGUCUGGCUCUCCUGCUCGAUCACUACGGACUCGACGUGAAGGAUUUAUCCCCCGAGCAGAGAGACAACCUGCCGGCCGCUCUGAAGCAGCUGCAGCUGGAGAGCAGCUUCACACACAAACAGGUCAAAGAUAAAUAUGGAAACAACGCUGCUGCAGGAAAGAAGCUGACAGAAGGCUCGAUGGCGUACAAGAUGGCCGCCGUCGCCGCCGAGGCUCCGACGGCCGCCACGAAGAACGUAAAACCAGACGGAGCCAAAAAAGAGACGACGACCGCUGCAGCGACCAAUCAGGACAAACUAGGAAAGAAGGAACCAGCGGUGUCCAAGACGGAGGAGUACGGAUACAUCGUCACCAACCAGAGCCCCCUCAGUCUGAACGACGGGGUGCGUCUGCUGCAGCUGCUGUCAGAGAGGAUCGGCCUCUCCUCCACUUCCUCCAUCAACAUCAGCGUGGUCGGACCCGCCAUCACCUUCAGGAUCCGACCCAACUCCAAGAACCUGACGGCUGGACACGUAGCAGAGAAAGCAGUCGCAGAGAAGAACUUCCUGGAGUCAGAGAUGGGACUGAAGGUUCUGCAGGGCGGUGUCGGAGAGAAGAAUGAUGGGAAGGCGUUGCCCCUGGCGACCAGAAUCCAGCCGGGCUCCCGCUGGGUGUUCGCCACGCUGGUUGCCAUGGCGUGCAUCGGCGGCAUCCUGGUGGCGACCAUGACCAUCGCCUGCCUGCGUCACCAUGCUCACCGGCUGGCCGCCAAGAAGCUGGGCCUGGGACCCGAGGGGGGCAGCUUCAGCCACCAGGAGUACCAGGACCUGUGUCGCCAGCACAUGGCCUCCAAAGGUGCAUUCGGACGCAUGGAAGCCGCCGCCCUGGGCGCCGUGGGAGGACCGGGCGGAGGAGGAGGAGCAGGUGGAGGAGGAGGAGGAGGUGCUGGAGGAGGAGGAGCAGGAGCAGCAGGAGGAGGAGGUGCAGACUCCAGGGUGAGCAGCGUCUCGUCUCAGUUCAGCGACGGCGCUCAGCCAAGUCCGAGCUCCCACAGCAGCACGCCGUCAUGGUGCGAGGAGCCGGCGCAGGCCAACAUGGACAUCUCCACCGGUCACAUGAUCCUGGCCUACAUGGAGGAUCACCUGAGGAACAAGGACCGGCUGAUGAAGGAGUGGGAGGCUCUGUGCUCCUACCAGGCCGAGCCCAGCGUCGUCUCCAUGGCUCAGAGCGACGCCAACACCAAGAAGAACCGCUGCCCCGACUCUGUUCCCUACGAUCACUCGAGGGUGAAGCUGAAAGCCGAGAUCAACCCUUCACGCUCCGACUACAUCAACGCCAGCACCAUAAUUGAACACGACCCGCGGAUGCCAGCUUACAUCGCCACCCAGGGCCCGCUGUCACACACCAUCUCUGACUUCUGGCAGAUGGUUUGGGAGAACGGCUGCACUGUGAUCGUGAUGAUGACGGCUCUGGUGGAGGACGGAGAGAAACAGUGUGAUCGCUACUGGCCUGAUGAAGGUUCAUCUCUCUAUCACAUCUAUGAG